AUGCCGACUCUGAACUCUGCUGAGAAAGAAGUCAAACCUAUGGCCCCGUCUCCUUCCGAUGAAUCCGGAACCCUCGAUGCAAACGAGGCUCAAUCAGAAAAUGCCCUGGUACGAAAGCUGGACUUGUACCUUGUCCCAUUGAUCAUUAUUUCAUACAUUCUGAUCUUCCUGGACCGUUCGAACCUGGGAAAUGCGAAAAUCGCAGGCAUGCCGCAGGAUCUACACUUGCAUGGCAAUGAGAUCAACUGGGCGGUGUCCAUCUUCUACGCCACCUUCAUCUUCUUCGAGAUCCCCAUCACACUACUUGUCAAGCCACUCGGGCCUUCCAAAUUAAUCUCCUGCAUACUGCUUUCGACCUCCCUGGUCACAACGUUCUCCGGCUUUAUGAGCAAUGCUGGCUCGCUGAUAGCUUGCCGGAUUCUCCUUGGCGUGACAGAAGCAGCCUCCUUCGCGGUCCUCAACUACUACGUCUCCCUCUUCUGGAAGCGGGAAGAGAUUGCAAAGCGUGCGGCUGCGGUCUACAUUGCGGUAACGCUGUCCGGGGCCUUCGGCGGCCUAUUCGCGUGGGCCCUGACGCAGAUCGACAGCGUUCCAGCCUACGCAGGGUGGAGGUGGAUCUUCUUCGUUGAAGGCGCCAUCUCAUUCUGCUGGGCAUGCGCAAGCUUCUUUUUGUUUCCAAACUCUCCAGAAACAGCACGCUUUCUCAACACGGAAGAAAAGCGCCUCGCCCAAUGUCGAAUUGAAAGCCAAGACAAGGACGUGCCGUUCAGGUGGUCUCAGGUCGUAGCAGCCCUGAAAUCCCCGAUUUGCUGGCUGUCUGGUUUCAUCCAACUCUGCGCCGGUGUCUACUACCAUCCUCUGUCGAUCUUCCUCCCGACAAUUCUCACCGGUCUUGGCUACGGUACCCUCCAGACGCAGUACCUUACCAUUCCAGUCUACCUCUUUGCUACGGUGAUGGUGUUCUUAUUUGCCUGGUUGGCGGAUCGUACCCAGCGCCGGGCCCCGCUCAUGCUGUUUUUCUCCCUUUUCACCGUUGCCGGCUAUGCGAUCCUCCUCGCUUGGGAGGUUCCUGCAGGAGUAAAGUAUUUCGCUUGUUUCCUGAUCUUGGGUUUCGGCAAUGUUCUCCUCUUGCUGAACGUUGCCUGGCUUAACGGAAAUAUCGGGCCGCGGUACAAGCGUGCGACAGCACUCGCAUUCAAUCAAACGAUCAGCAACAUUGGCUCGAUAAUUGGCGGACAAAUCAUUCUGGACAGAGAGGGUCCGCGAUACCGAACUGGACAGGCCGUUGCCAUAUCGUGCUGUGGACUAGCUUGCAUUGGCGUGAUGAGUUUGUGGUGGCUCCUGAGGUCGAAGAAUACGCGUAGGGAGAAGAUAGUGCAGGAGGGCAAGGAGGAUGUCGAAGUUGGUGAUGAGAGUGUCCACUUUAGGUACCAGCUCUGA